UGUGACAAUCGAGUUGAACCUUUUUGUUUACUGUUUUCGCUGGCGGGCAGGAGUGAAAUUAAUUGAACGAAUUAGCGUGUAUUUUUGCUACUGCUCGUCCCGAAAAUGACUCAACAUGAUGCUGCAUCUCAGUGUCGAGUUUGUGAUAAAGCGAUCCGCGCCCAGAAACCGGUACACAUCUUUUCGCCGCUCGUGGGAAGUGGGAAGGAAGCGGAUAUCAGCACGAAAAGCAUCGCCGAGAUGAUUAGCGAAUUGGCGGAUGUAACGAUCAGUCCCAAUGAUGAACGAUCGAAGUACAUCUGCUCCGUUUGCUUAAAAGCGCUCGAGAAAGCCUUUCAACUACGUCAACAGAUACGAGCCGCCGAAAGGGCUGAGCCGACGCACUUGCAAUCGAUUCAGAUAGAAAACAUCGCCGAGCAGGACUACAGUUUGGAGUAUUUGGAUGAAUUUAAAGAUGAAAUCGAUAGCAGCGUUAUGCUGCUCCGGGAUACACUUACCGCCCUAUCCGACGAUCUUGGUGGUGAAAAUGAGCUUCCCGAAAAACAACCAACCGUUCGUGCACUGUCGGAGGUUGAAGAGGACGUCGAAGCGAUCGAACAGGGCAAAUUUACGUUCAUUGUGCCACCGCCGGACCUGAUCGCCAUUCGGAUUGCAUUUGAGCACUUUGAGUACUUGGAGCUGCGUGGCGAACGGUGUUGCGGCUGUCCACACAUUGCUGCGUCUCGCGAUGCACUGAUGGUGCACGCAAAGGAAACGCACUCCCAAAACUAUUACCCCGACGACAGUAGCUACACGUGCCCGAUGUGUUACCAAAAGUUUGCCACGGCCAGUGCACUGGAAAGCCACAACCAGUACUAUCUGUACAGUGAUGUGUUUCUGUGCAGCGUUUGUCGCAAUGCGUUCAACUGCCAGAACCGGCUCAUGGUGCAUCUACAGGACAGCCAUCAGCUAGAACCGUCGCUUAAUGAUGGAGUGGAGAUUGGACCGGAGCAAAAUGAAGCAGAACCGCAUUUACAGGAAAAAGCGUCCUUGGUAGCUGGGACCAAUUUACCAUUAACAUUACCGGAACCAAAGUUUAUAAAAGAAACGCGCGUAUAUCCACAGUAUCGGCUAUACUGUCUCAGCGCAGAACGGUGCUGCGCCUGUGGCGUCUAUGAAGAAUCGCUCGAACGGCACACCUCCGAAUGUCACAUGGAAAUGAGCCAGUCGGAAGCGGAUGGGCUGCCCCGGUGCGUUGUUUGCAGCCGUACCUUUCCCACCCACCAGGAGCAAAUUCUGCACGAUGAGGAGCGCAGAAAUACGAAGCAAAUUUAUCAAUGUCGAAAGUGCGAAAAGCUUUUCGCUCGAAAGAAUCAGCUUCUGAAGCACUUACAAACAACAGAGUCCGGUUGCAAUGGCCAAGAGGGAAAGAUUGAAACGACCAUAAAGGAUGGCGAACGGGACGGCGUUUCAGGAAAUUGCUUUUGCUGCUGCUUUGCACGCUGCAAGGAGGAGUACGCGAACGAACGGGAUCUGCUCGACCACGCCCGGACCGUGCACGGCGGAAGAAGAAAGGAGAAUGAAUGCAAGCUGCAGGAACGGUAUGGGACGGCAAUACCGGAACGGCACUGCUGUCCCGUCUGCCGGCGAACGUUCGACAGUGAGGAAAAGGUGCAGAAGCACCGCAGCUAUAAGCUCGCCCUGCCCAAGCAAACGUGCCGCCAGUGUGGCCGGGUGUUCAUGAAAGCGUCCGGGCUGCGGGAGCACCAGCUAAGGGAACAUUUGAAUCUGCAGCUAGAGUUUGGGUGCGAAGUGUGCGGGAAGCAGUUUGUAAAUCGGGCCACGCUGAACAAGCACCGCCGGGUGCACGAACCGUCCCGCAACUAUCCCUGCUCGGUCGAGGGCUGCGGGAUGCUGUUUCGCGACAAGCCGCUGAUGCAACGGCACUAUCGCAAUGUGCACUCGGUGGUGCAGGCGUACGAGUGUUGGCACUGCCAGAAGCGCUUCCGCACGAAGGAGUCGCUCGAUAUACACGAGCGGAGUCAUACGGGCGAGCGACCGUUUGCGUGUCGGUACGAGGGGUGCAGCAAGGCGUACGCACACGGUACCGAUCGGAAGCGGCACGAACGGUCGGCGCACACGGGCGAGAAGCCCCACACGUGCACGGUUUGUGGGGCGGGAUUUCUGCGCCGGCGGGAGAUGCGGCUGCACCUGGAGAAGGUUCACGAAUGGCAGGAGAAAUACAAGCUCGGUUUCUCCCGGACGGCCGACUUUUCCUUCUUGGCCAGCAGCGGAUCCGGCGCGAAACAGUUCCACAGGCGCAGCGUUUCAUCGGCCCCCGCACUCAUCACGGUGCUACCGUCCGGGGACAUCGCAAUCUGCAGCACCCGCCCGGUGUGGCCCAUCAGAUCGACCUGCUUCAUCAUCGACGGCAACCCGCACACCUGCGACUUGGUGUCGACCGAGUUCAUCAGCUGCCCGUUCGCGACGUUCCAGAACUUGAUCGUCCGAUCGGCCGUACCGCCCCCGCUCGCCAGCACAACGCCGAUGUUGUGCUGGCGCGUCCGCACGUCAUGGUUCACGAUCGUGCCGUCCCGGCUGCCCGAGCAGAGCACGUACGAGUUCCAGGCCAGCACGCCGACCCGGGCCGAAUGUCCGUUCAUCACCCGGAGCCGCUUCAUAUUUUCGCAGUCCCACAGUUCCACCGUGCCGGCGCUCGUGCCCACCGCCAAAAUACCCCAAACAUCCACCAUGCUGCGAAGACCGUCGAAGCGACGAAAAGUGUCCAACGUGGAGGAAGAAGAAACGGAAUUCACGCCAGCGUCGGGUGAGCAGAAAUGCUGCAUCUGCUCCAAACAUCCGAAGGGCGAUUUGCUUGAACUUUCCACGGUUGUAGAAUCGGGCAGCUCCCUCACCAUUGCCACCGUCGUAGAACAGGUGGCCUCCAUCAAGGUAAACAAUGUCCAAAAGAGCAUUUGCGGUGGUUGUUGGACCAAAAUUCAGGCGGCCUACUCGAUACAGAAGGAAAUCCGUGGAUCAGAAUGUAUUGCACAGCAGGAUGUCGAGUGCUACAGCGAGACUGAGGAAGAGGAAGAGAACGCGGAAAAUGCCAACCGUCCCGAAAAGGACGAUCCGGACCCGCUCGUCGUAGAUGGCAUUGACGAGAGCGAAUAUUGUAUCGAAUAUCUGGAGGAACAGGAGGAAGAGCAGCAACCACCAGCAAAGGAAGAAGCCGCAGACAUUGAGAUUGAAGCAUGCUGCUCCGACGAGGAAGAGCACGAAGAGGUCCGAGUGGACGGUGGUAAGGUGACGCGUCAGUUCCAAAUGCCAAAUGAGGCCACGAUCGUGGCCGACGUGCUGCACGAGCAGUAUCGGAUGGUGGAGGUCACCGGGGAACGGUGCUGCGGGUGCAGCUUUGUCGCACGAUCACGCAAAGAGCUGUUGCAACACUCGGAAACGGUCCACUCGGUCGAGAUGAACGACCACGGCGACUACUGUCCGAUUUGUUUCUACAAAUUCUCCACCGAUCAGCAGCUCGAGCGCCACAUCGAUGAGUUUAAGCUGAACAAGAUGUACGUGUGUUUGCGCUGCAAUCGGUUCUACAACGUGAAGCGGAAGCUGUUUAACCACCUGCUCGAAUGUGGUGGCAUGGUUGAGGAGGUGGAUGUGCAGGCAAGCGGAACGAACAAUGAUGAUGCACUUACGAUCGAAGCUCUGAAAGAGGAGGACGGGGACGAGGAGGAAGGGCUGGAGGAAGAUAGUCAGUAUGAGGAGUGUUAUCUGCAGGAAGGCACGGACACGGACGAACAGCAAGAGCUGCACGCAGAGGACCGCCUACAGAACGCAACCGAUCCACGUGUGAUGCAUCGCUACAAAGCGCUGUUCGAAGAGGUGCUGUCGAACGAAGAGCUUUACUGCCAGCUGAGCGAGAAGGAACUGAACGUGCAGGAUGUGCAGAUCGCGGAGCAGCACGUGUUCGAAACGUUCAAGUACAUUCGGUUGCGGGGAUUGCGCUGUUGCGGGUGCUCCUACACCUGCAUGUCCAAGGCGCUGCUGAUUGAGCACAGCAAUCUGGCUCAUCCGCCCGAAAAUCCGCCGGAGCACGUUGAUGAGCAUUCGUGCGAGCUAUGCCGGGCGGAGUUUCAAAACACGCUGAAUCUCGUGAAGCAUAUCUGCUUCUUCACCACCCGGCAGCUGUUCCUGUGCACGGUGUGUGACGUAUCGUUUCUGAACAAGGAAAGCUUGCGGAACCACCAGCGCCACAACGAACGGCACCGCGAACUGGAGAACUACAAGUUUGAGCAGGCCGGCAUCGAGCUCGACACAGCGGAAGGGUUCGUCGAACUCGACCAGCCGGCCGUGGCCGACGAGCUGCGGAAGCUGGUGGUGGAAAAGAUUAGCUACCGGCCGAAAGCGGUCACCUGCAUUCCCAUGCCGGACGAACGGUUCAUCCGGCGGAGGAAGGAGUACAACAACUACAGCGUCCUGGUCGUGGCUGGCGAGUAUUGCUGCGGGUGUGGCAGGUUCUUCGAUACGACUUCCGAGCUGCAGCAGCACGCCGAGCAGGAGCACUAUUUGCCGCUCAACUUUUGUGCCCGCACGUACGGCCACCAGUGCGAGAUCUGUUACGCAGUGUUUGAGCUGGAACGGGGCUUCGCGGUGCACCGGUCGAUGAGUCGCUCCAAGCAAAAGACGCUGUACCUCUGCAAACUCUGUGGGCUGCUGUUUUCGAAGAAGUUCUGCCUAGCGCGGCACAUGCAUUCGGCCCCGAACCAUCUGUCGCGGCUGAUCGUUGAUGCAGCGGCUAAUGCAUACCGCACAGGGGAGGAGCACGAUGCGCCGGAGGAAGCAGACGCGGAACCGGGUCCACCCGAGGCAGCCGUAUCGGAUCCACGCGUGAAGGAAGCGCUACAGUUGCACCGGUCGGUGGAAGCGAAAGGGCUGCGAAAGGUCGGCCAUCUCGUCUGGUACCACUGCUGCUUUCCCAAGUGUCCGGAGACGUUCACGAGCGAAGCGGCCCUGCUGGAGCACGCCCAGGCCGAGCACUACGGGCAGCGGCGGGAAAACCAAAACGAGCGCCAGCAGGACACGAACGUGUGUCCCACCUGCUGCAAACCAUUCCAAACGUUGGCGAAACUGUACUGGCAUCGGGUGAAACGGUUCGUGCCGCGCGAGUAUAAGUGCAAACAGUGCGCCAGCACCUUCGACCGGUGGGUGCAGCUGAAGAUCCACGUGGAGCAGGAGCACAGCGCCACGCCGCCCAGCUUCGAGUGUGCCGAGUGCGGCAAAUCGUUCGUGCUGCGGGCGAGACUGGUCGCCCACCAGAAGACGCACACCGACCGGAAGGACCACAAGUGCGACGUGUGCGGGUGUGCGUUCGUCAGCAAGGGGCUGCUGAAGCGGCACCGGCGAGCGCUCCACGCCACCGAGCUGCUGUUUGAGUGUAAGCUGUGCUCGAAAAAGUUUGCCGUGGUGGAAAAGCUGAAAAUUCACCAGCGCGUCCACACGGGCGAACGCCCCUACGAGUGUACGUUCUGCUCGCGCACCUUCAUACACUUCUCCGACCGGAAGCGGCACGAGAUGGCAGCGCACACGAUGGAACGCCCGUACAAGUGCACGCUCUGCCCGGCAUCGUACAUUCGCAACCGCGAGCUGAAUCUGCACAUGCAAAAGCACCAGUCGGAUGGAAAGGGGAAAAACCUCGUUAAAAGUAGGGGGGAAACUUGAACUGAGCAUGGCGAAGGAAAUCAUUUGAAUUAGUCAAUCGAAAAAAAGUCUAAUAAAACGGAUAUUUUGAAAUUGCGCAACGGUUA